GCGGAUACUACAAGUUCGUGUGAGCUAACACACUCAACCAACAAAGAGACCUUCAGAUAUGGCAUAUCCGCCCUGAACACAGCCACUCAAGGUCGUGGAGGCAGAUUCGACCUGGUACUAUUUGUUUCGAUUGUCAGAUUGUCUUAACAUUAUGUUUGUGUUAUUUCUGAUGCUUGUUAAUCGCUUACUCAAGCUAUCUCUUUUUUCUCCCAAAGGAACCCACUUACUGUUACGAACACGUCCCAGAUAAGGCUGUGUUGCAUAAGGUUUUCACUCGUCCCGUCGUUUGACUCAAUGACGGUGGGAUUAAUCGACACGUGGGGCUACAAUCUAGAUUGAAGAUUCCAUUUAUCAAUGAUCGGAUGGGGAAUUCGGCUGGGAAUUAAUUUGCUAUGACCUGUGAGACUUUUGAUUGUCCUCGUAAAUUAUUCCAAAAGUCACUUUGAGUUAGAGAUGGGUUAGAACAUCUACAUAUUUUUUGUCAAAAUGUGUGGGUUCCUUCAGUACAUUGGGAUGUAUUUGACAAGUUCCCAUGGUGAGACUAAUUUAUGGACGACCUUGAGCGACGCUAGACUGACCUUAAGAGUGUCCACCUAAUAUCUAGGACCAAAUGAGGGUUAUAAACCUGUGUAAGGAAUUAAAAUUAUGUUUUGCAGUUGGUGAUUAAGGUUAAAAAUUAAAUUUACGGUCCUCAUCGCGAACAGACAUCAGCUGUAGUGCCAAAACUCUACUUAAGCAAAUGGAUGAGUGAGUUUCACGUUAAAAUCCGAGACCUAUUAUCUUAUACCUGAUUAGUUCGUCCAUAAAUCAUCAUUUCAUCGCUACCAUACUUUGCCAGUAAACUGUCCAAUCUAUGUAUGAAAACAGACAUUUUCGGCAAUAUAAAGUCAUUAAUAAAUAGUGCCUCAUACGCCUCCCUGGAGUUUCUUACGUUUUGCUAACUUUCGUGUAUAAAUUCUCUCAGGCCGUUUUCAGGAACUUUCGGUUCACGCGUUCAACCUGCUGAGCACACACAUGAGUCGACGCACCAAUAAAUCAUGCUCUAAGUGUUAUCUACUUAACUAGUAAAUAGCUAUCAUUCCAUCAUCCAGUUACACUGAAGAAGGCGAACUUUAGUCAAAGUUAGUGUGUGACUUCUCACUUAGUUUGUGUGUUGUGUGAAGCUUUGAAUACAACUGGUGCUGAAUAGUGUUUACUAGCUAUGCCUCAUAUUAGCUUUCUUUUGUUUUCUGCCGUUUAGACUGUCCACUUUUGGCUACAAGGUCGCAUACUUUGGUCCCUGGCUGAAUACCUAAUAACAUAAACUGACACUACACCUUGAAAUGCUUUCUAAGACACUUUUGAAGAGUAAUCAUAGUACGUUAGUUUUUUUAUAUACCUUGAUAAAAUUUUUACUACCAGCGCGUGUUUAUAUUUCGACAGUUUAUUUCACGUUCUUAUAGGUGGUUAUCUUUACUCAUUAGUUUGUUCGACUGACAGUUGUAAAGUCCAAUUUUGAGCAUAAGAUCUGUAUACAUUUGCUAUCCCUUCAUAUGUUUUUCGUGCCCCAACAGCUGUCGUAAACAUAAUAUAUAAACAUAAUGCACACGGUCAUAGUUCACUGGGAUCUGUGAGAAUCCACAGAACUUUAAAAUUGCACCCUAAAUUCAUGGAAAGAUUAAAUGAAUGUUAGAAAUCGCUGCAAUGGCUCCGGUCUUAUACUGUCUCACAAACUACAGUUUGGAACUUCUUGAAUUCACUGGGACAGUCACUUUGUUUGGGAUUGAAUAUUUGAAUCUCAAAAUCUUUUUAUAGAAAGUGAAGCAAACUAUUGAAAAUGAUUGUAUGAAUACCGCAAAUUUACCUAGAACAUUUGUAGUUCAAAUAAACGAUUUCGCAGUAGUUUACUUAAAAUUAAAUUCCAAGACGCUCGAAUGUAUUUUUGCUUGCACCUCCCUUCCCCUAUAUUUCACAACUCUAUUUCAUUAUUUGUGACACAUACUUACUUUGGUGCCCAGUUGUCCCGGUAUCUAUAUCCUUACCUGUUACUCCUGGUGGGGCACAGGUCGAUUACCAAUAAUCUCCAACCAACUCUGUUUUUAGCUCUUCGGUCCAACUGUUGUCAAGUGCUACUCGUAGUCUUGACGUCCACCCCCAGACUUCAGUGACAUGUCCUUUGAUCUGCCCCCUUUCCUUUCGCCUUAGAGAUUUCAAGUUAGUGCUUGCUUUGUGGUGCAGUUCAGUAAUUUCCGUAAAGUGCAUCCUAUUCGCCUCGAGCGUUUUUCUGAUUUCCUCAGUUGAAAGAUCGUUUCUUUACCUGGGAGUGUAGGUUAUUACUGAUGAUCUUUGGCUAAUGGGUUGAAGUAUCUUAUGUAGACAGUUGUUUGUAUAUACCUUUAAUAUUUUGGUUGUGAUGAUGGUAGUUUCAUCUUCAUACAAUCGAACUGUUUUAACGCUAUUAUUUAGAAUCCUAACUUCAGUCUUGAGUGACAGUUGUUUAGAGUUCUAGAUAUUCUUUGAUUGUAACAAUGCUUUGUUAAUUCGUGCUUUGGCAUUACUAGAUCCUCCUUGUUUAGGAAUGGAUUUCACUAAUCUCUAUUACGUAGGAUUUUGAUCUGCUCACAAAUGACAAGUACUAUACGUAAACACUUCCUUGCAAUCGAGGAUGGGAUAGAUAGAAGACGUGCGUAGAUCAAUAGUAUCUAACCAAGGACUUCUCCAAAACAAUGUUGGUUCAUGGUGCAAUAAUCGAACUAGUAAUACUGAGGUCAGACAUAGUUUACUAAGGAAGUGUAGACUGGUUCUUUAUUGACUGAAAUAGUUACAACACAUGUUAAAAGUUACCUUUUUUGAUUUCGAUAUUUUCCAGUCAUAAAGUGUUAAUCAUUUUGUUGUUCUUAUUCAGAGUGUUGGGAGAUAUAUUUUAAUACAUUAUUGCGGUUUUAGAAACAUUUUUGUUCCUCAGGAAAAAUAUAAUUACAAGUGGAUCUGAGAAAAACAAACAAAACAACUAUUCACAUCCCAGUUAUUUCGAGAAUCCUUUAAGUUGUCCUGAUUAUUUUGGUCUUAAGAACUUGGUUAAUGUUACGGAUUUAUUCCAAGCUCGUGUUCAUUUGGGUCACCGAUCGGCGUUACGCAAUGAAUACAUGAAGCCAUACAUAUACGGUUGUAGACAAGGUGUAGACAUAAUUGAUCUACAACAGACAUGUUCCUUGAUGUUUGAUGCACUUAAUUUCGCGGCUCACAUUGCCUACCGUCAAGGAAUAAUACUUUUUAUGUACCAGAAUAAACAAGUAAGUAGAUCAACUCGUCUUUUGCAACUGAAGUUUUAGUUAAUAACUGAAAAAAUUACCAUUAAGGUUGUUGUCUUAGGUAAGUUUAUAAACAAAUAAUAAUUACUAUGCACUGCCAGAGGUGCAGUGCAGCUGGGAUAAACGAGUGUAUGGUAACAUGCUGAUAGAGAAUGUAUUGUUUUAAACGAUGAAAACACUAAUCUCCCCUAUCCGACUGCACACGUUACUUUGACACAGUAAUCUGGCUUGUCUAUCUUGACUUGCGAACCGAGCUAUAUUACAUACUUUUCCGAUUAGUGAGUCUAUUUAGGGCAAGAAUAACAAAUGUGGCAGAGCAACCUGAAUUCACUAUAUUUCGAGCUAUACUGUUUGGAACAUAUACCUGGGAGUUCUACACGUUGUUUGGGAAGCGGCUAAACUAGAGGCAGAAGACGCAAGGUCCGACGGUGAAGUCAGCUUUGUGCCACCAUUCGUAUUAUUAUUUCCUCAUUUGUUUCCCGUCUUGUCAUUUUUAUUGACGUAUUAACGUGCGGUAAACUGGGUCGUUGCAUCCUCAUCCCGAACCUUCAUUUUUGGUUGCUUUAUCCGUAUAGGCUGAUCCAAAAUCUGCAGCUGAAUAAUUCAAGCGGUGAUACUUAGAAAGUUAUAGUGGUAUGACCUCUGUUCUUAACAUCGUACUAUUACAUGCUUCCGGUUUCCUAUUGCAGCUUAUUACUUUUUGGUUCCAUGUUACUAAUAGCAUCCGGCUCCAUGCCCAUCUUUUUGUUUCGGUGUGAGUUAUGGCAACUUGGACCAUCAUAUAUCCCCACAACUAUAUUGAUUAUCCACUGAUUUGUACUAUAGUUGAAGCCACACAGCUUACUUCGUAGCAAUCUGCUCUAUCGCUGCCCGCCUUAAUCUUAACCUACUUUAUCCUUUCAUUGCCAGAUGUUACCCUUAAUUGAAAGGACUGCUGAAAAUGUUGGCGAGUAUUCUUACUGCCGCAAAUGGGAAGGUGGAGUUUUCACAAACUCAUCGGAUGUUUUUCAUGACUCUGUGAGGCUACCUGACUUAGUCCUUUUUCUCAGCACCUGUAAUUCAAUCUGCAGACCACAUUCUGCUGUACGAGAUGCGGCAAAGAUGCUCAUUCCAACAAUUGGUGUAGUUGAUACAAAUUCGGACCCCAGAUUGAUUAGCUAUCCUGUGCCCGGUAACGACGAUAGCCCUACAUCAGUACGUUUGUUCUGUGCGUUAUUCGCUGAAGCUAUUACAAGGGGCAAAAAGGCCGCUGCUCGAGACCGAAUAUUAAAGGAGCAGCUGGACCGCCAAUCAGAGUCAUCAAAUCGCGUGGGAACAUCAGCAAUCCCCUAACAAUAAAUUACUUACUGCUCUAUAAACUUGUAUAUGUACAUAUAUUUAUAUAUAUUCGAUUGAUAAGUUAUAUCUCAAAGCCCAUUUAUUUUCAUCCAUUCAGUUCGCGGUAGUAGGUAGUUUCACAAAAAUGGAAACGAUCAUUGUGUUCAAAAUAAAAGAGCUCUCAUACUUUGUCGAUUUCUCAUCCGUGCUAACUUUAUGUAACGGUGACAUUAAAUUCAUCAACGCCAUACUACUGAGUUCAGUUACAACUGAAAACUAUAUUUAUCUGAUCCAGUCAAAAACAUUUCAUCAC